GUCGUGUUGGUGGGCCGACUGACUGCAAGCCCGGGAGGAGAACCCCCCUCCAAAAAAAAAAAAAACCUAAAAACCCAAAUUCAACCCAUUCCCACGUACAAAUACUUUUCAUUUUGUAGCCAUACGCUGUGUGUUUGACGCUGGACGGCGUACGGAUGGGAUAGAGCGGACCUAGACUUGAAGGGAUGAAACUAAGCAGUUGAGUGUUCAUCGGAGGAAGCCAUUAGCAUGCUUUUCAACUGGAGCUUUAUGGAUGUGACAGGAUGAAACGUAUCAGGACCUCCAGCAGCAGCGACACUUCUGAUAAUGAGAGUCCCUCAACCUCCUUCUGCUCCAACAAGUAUGGCAGCAAACCGGGCACUCCCGCCGCAGAUCCGAAGAAACCGGCUGAAGUGUUCCGAAAAGACCUGAUUAGCGCCAUGAAGCUGCCCGACUCGCACCACAUCCCGCCGGAGGAGUACUACCUGCUGGCCGACACCUGGAAGCAAGAGUGGGAGAAAGGGGUUCAGGUUCUGGCGAGCCCGGACACCAUCCCGCAGGCGUCAGUCAGGAUCAUUGCGGAGAGGUCCAAGGAGAUUUUGUAUGGCCACCAGAAGAAGUAUAUCCAGUGCUCUGGGCAAGAGUCCACAGAGCUGGGUUUCAUCAACAUAAAGGAGCUGGCGGAGGCCAUGUGUCGCUACGACCUGGACGACGUCGACCUCUACUGGCUGCAGGCCCUCAACACCAAGCUGCUCUGCAUGGGUGAGGACCCAGUGGACGAGCUGACGAUGGAGCGCACCAUGGAGGCUCUGGAGGGCCAGUGCCACGACAACAUGAGGCACGCCAUCGAGACGGUGGAGGGCCUGGGCAUCGAGUACGACGAGGACGUGGUGUGCGACGUGUGCCGCUCGCCUGACAGCGAAGAAGGCAACGACAUGGUUUUCUGCGACAAGUGCAACAUUUGUGUGCACCAGGCCUGUUACGGUAUCGUCAAAGUGCCCGUCGGCAACUGGCUGUGCCGCACGUGCGUGCUCGGCAUCGACCCGCAGUGCCUCCUGUGUCCCAAAAAGGGCGGGGCCAUGAAGGCGACGCGCGCUGGCACCAAGUGGGCACACGUCAGCUGCGCCCUGUGGAUCCCAGAGGUCAGCAUCGCGUGCCCCGAGAGGAUGGAGCCCAUCACCAAAGUGUCCCACAUCCCACCAAGCCGCUGGUCGCUCAUCUGCAGCGUGUGCAAGAUCAAGACGGGCGCGUGCAUCCAGUGCUCGGUGAAGAACUGCACCACACCCUUCCACGUGACGUGCGCCUUCGAGCACAGCCUGGAGAUGAAGACCAUCCUGGACGAGGGCGACGAGGUCAAGUUCAAGUCGUACUGCCUCAAGCACAGCAAGCCCAAAGCGGCAGGCGAGGCGGGCCUUAGCCCGGCGCGCGCCAAGCCGCCGCCCUCCGAGUCGGCCAAGGUGGGCCUGCGGGCGCAGCGGCUGCAGGAGCUGGAGGAGGAGUUCUACGCGCUGGUGCGACCGGAGGAGGUGUCGCGGGCCGUGGGGCUCUCGCCGCGCCUGGUGGACUUUGUCUACCAGUACUGGAAGCUGAAGAGGAAGAGCAACUUCAACAAGGCCCUGCUGGCACCCAAAGAAGACGAGGAGAACCUGGUGCUGCAGCCGCACCAGGACAGCAUCCACACGCGUAUGCGCAUGUUCAUGCACCUGCGACAGGACCUGGAGAGGGUGAGGAACUUGUGCUACAUGGUGAGUCGACGGGAGAAGCUCAAGCUGCUGCAGAGCAAAGCCCAGGAGCAGAUGUUCAACCUUUACGUCAGCCUCACGAGCCAGGAGAUCUCUGCUGGCCUCGCUGCUUCCUUCCCGGUGGAGAGUCUUCUGUUCCGGCCUCCUCCGAGGAUCACGCUGAAGCUGAAGAUGCCCAAAGCCUCCAGCCUGGGAAACUGUCACACCGCAUCCAAAUCAGCCAACGGGCCUCUGUGUCCGGACAAUCGCGGAAACUUGUUUGAGCGUGCCAGCGAGGGCCUGGGCCAGGGCAAGCCGCAGCUGCACGGGCACGCCCGGCGGGAGGAGCGCACCAAUGGACGGGUAGCGGGAAAGCCCAUGGCGGGGAAGCCCAUGGCCGCGAAUCCCAUGGUGGCAAAGCCUCUGGCGGGGAAGCCUCUGGCCCUGCACUCCACACUCCACGGCCACUCGUCCAAUGGCAAAGCAGAGCAAGAGCGCUCCUCCAAGAACGGCCUCUUGGAGAAACUGGUUGCCCAGAAAGACAGCUCGUGCCAGACGCCCGGCGAGGCCGACGUGCCCAAGCAGCCGCUGGACAAAGGCGCGUUCGGCAAGUCGGCCAUGGAGCACUUCGGCAGGUCCUUCAAGGAAGCCACCAUGAACUUGGUGCGGACCACCGAAGACAUGCGGGCCUCGGAUAAGCUCGCCCGCAAGGAGAAACUGUGGCCCAAACCGGUGUCUGCCAACAAUACACGCUUGUGCCACGACAGCGACGGCUACUGUCCCGACCUGGAGCUCAGCGACUCGGAGCCCGAAGCCAAAGGGAGGCACCGGCGCCAGGGUGGGCCUCCCCCGCCGGACAUCGCCCGACGGGGGGGCGGUAGCGGCCAGAAGGGCGGCGGCGGUGGCCGCGGGAGACAGUCGCUGGCCGCCGCCUCACACUGCGUGCGAAGGUGACGGCAGACUGUCAAGCUCCGGCUCGUUGUGCGAGAACACCGGAUUAGCGUGCUAACUCUUUAGCGCCACGUUUGUACUUAGCACAACUUUUUACAGAACAGCUCCACCCCCUUUCUCAUUGCACAACUGGAUGUACAGUGUUGUUACAAAAU